AUGCCACAGCCAGGAGUGGUGAUCAAUGGAUUUAUCGCGAUUGAUAAAUUCCCGAAGGAUGCUGCUGUCAACUAUUAUUUUCUAACGCAUGCACAUUCGGAUCAUUACGGUGCUCUUGAUAAUAAGUGGAAUAAUGGUACUAUAUACUGCUCGCCCAUAACCGCUCAUGUUCUCCCAAUCGUUACUCAGCGACCGAGAUCGAAACGUGGUGGAAUUCAAAGUCAUUUGAUUCAUGCUCUGGAUCUAAAUAUUUGGCAUUAUAUGGAUGGCUUCUCAGUAAUGCUGUUAGAUGCAAAUCAUGUUCCUGGUUCUGUUAUGUUUCUCUUUGAAGGUGAUCGAAUAUCGAAUGGUCGGAUUCUUUUUACAGGUGAUUUUCGAGCUGAUGUUCGAUUUUAUCAAAAUGUAUUUGCGAUAUCAGUUUUGCAAGAGAUGAGUCUUAAUACAAUAUAUUUGGAUACUACAUACAUUAAUUGCACGCGAGAAGAAUUUCCCAGUCGAGAAGCUUCAUCAGCUGAAAUAUGCAGUGUUGUGCGUGAGUUAUUAUUUGAUGGUUCUAAACCGGUAACGAUUAUAGUCCCGAAAAUUGGCCGAGAGCAACUACUUGUUGACGUAGCUAUCAAGUUCAAAUGCAAGAUAUGGGUUGAUUAUAUUCGCUUCCAAAUAGCCGAAAUUCUUGGAUUAAAUGAAUAUUUCACAACAGAGAAGGCAGAAACAUCAAUUUGGACCUGUACAAGGCAAAAUGUUCGUUCAAUUCUCUACGAUGCAAAUGUUCAUGUCAUCGAUAUCUCCAUGUUACAGCAUAUCAAGCCUAAUAAGAUCAUUAAUGACGAAAGGAUGCAUUGUGUUGAAUAUUCGGACCAUAGCAGCCCUAAUGAAAUACGCAGUUUUCUUUCUCAACUUUCAUUUUCUCAAAUUAUUGGAUUGUCAAUACAGUUGUCACAAAAACAAACUGAAGAACUCGAGCGGCUCAGUUUAAUGGGCUUCACUGACAUAUUGAUAAGAACUGAAAAUGAUGAAAGUAUUGCUGAAAAUGAAUUAAAUGGACUGGCUUCAUCAACCGUUUGGAGCAGAAUUGGGCUGGCUAACGAUCAUGCACUCAGAAAUGUUUUUGAUGUUGAAAUUCUGCAGGACACAGCUAACUGUGGUCGGAAUCAGAAAUUAAAUGCAGCUGAUGAAUCCGGACUUGAAAUCGACGAAGAAAAUAUAGGUUCUACUGAAACGAUAUUAGGAGUACAUAUGCCAGUGAAAAACUUGCAAAAUACUAGAUCGUUGAGUGAAACAGUUGCAAAAUCAGACGAAAAGCUUCAAAAAAUUGAGAAAGAAACUAAGAAAGAUACAAAAAAUUCAUCGGAAGCUGUUGAUGAUGUGGAUGAUUAUAUUUUCAAUUUGGCAAUGAGGAAAAUUACACGAGCUGAUUACACGAAUCUGACAACACGUAUUUGCAUGGAAUUGAACAGUAAUGAAAAUACAGUAGAAUAUAAUCCGUUGCAUGAAUUUUGGAAUGAAGUAGAUUUUUCAAAAGAAGUGGAAAAUUUGGAUAAUCUCAGUGAAAAGUAUCGCGAGGCUGUGAAUGUUGUGGCAAAAAUGCAACCAGUUCAUGAUGUAAAUUUGCCCUACAAUGCUCAAGAGAAUGUCACUUAUGACAUUUCACGAGCACCGGUUUCGAUAGACAUUCCUCUCGAGUGGCUGAAUGGAUCAGGUUUGCGGAAAUCCGUUGUCAUAAUUUAA